AUGACCAUAAUAAUCCUCGACAAUUUUACAAGACAUCCUCUUGAAUGCGAGUUUCUUGAGUUGAAGGUCAUAAGAAAUGUUGAAAUUUUGCUGCAUAAUAUUGCCGAGAAUGCUGACGGUGGUGCUGAGGAUCUCGGAGGGCAGGAUGGCGAGGCAGAAGAUUUGGUCUUCGACCUGCUGGAAAACAUUAUCCGGGGUGAGCUGCAUGUAGGCGAGGUCCUGGAAAUGAAAGGUGACGAUUGGGAAGCGAUUGAGGUCUUUGGCCACAACCCCGCGAUAGCAAAGCCUGGGGUAGCGCUGGUGGAUGACGGUGUAGACAGGGGGGAGGGGGAGGCGCAGCUCAUCCUCGAUAACGCGCUUAGUGGUGAUCUCGAAUUGGGUGAGGAGCUUCUGGGGGAUGAAGCUGAGUGUUGA